AUGCGAGUGAAGAAAUCUAAAGCCGGAUUUCUGUCCGGGUCCACUGGAAUAGAAUCAGUUCCUGGUCCAAAGUUACCUGAAAUUGAUUUUCUCAACCGCUUUAAUGAAGAAAACCAGAAGAAGUAUGCGGAAGCUGAUGCAAGAUUCAAGUCAUCUCCCCUGCUCAAGGAAUUCCUUGAGAGAUCCAAUAUAAACAAAGAAAAGAACCGUAAAGAAACCCAGGACAAAUACUGCAUACGUGGGGCAGAAUGGGGUGUGGGAGAUUGUUCAGCUGAGGCGAUGUCUCCUGAGGACAAAGAGAAGUUCAUUUCAGAAUUGAAGGAGAAGGCUGGAGUGAAAUGA